AGGUUCCUGUGCACUGUGUCUCGGAACCCAGCCGCACAGGGAACCUCUAAGCAGAGUUUCUCCUGGGAGAUAAAAACGAACAAACCCAGACAGCUGGGAAAAUGGUGCGAGUCUCUCAGCAGCUCGAUAGCUCUCAGCUGCGAGUUGUUCCCAGCUCGCUGUUGGACACUGCAUCGGUGGCGCUUUAUACACAGUUCAACAAAUAUAAGAGGAAAGAUCGUCAGUGUCGCGCGUUUGUGCAGAGAAUCGUGACCAGCCAACUCUUCAAGAUCGUUAUGAUCAGCACUGUGUCACUGAAUGCCUUUUUCAUGGUCCUGUGGACCAGUUACAAAAUACGUUAUCAACUUUUCAGAGUGUUUGAGAUCUCAGAGGUCAUCUUUGUGUCCAUCUAUGCCUCCGAGUUCUCCAUGAAGGUCUAUGUGGACCCUAUCGACUACUGGAGGGAUGGCUACAAUCUGCUGGAUGUGGCCAUCAUCAUCAUCAUCUUCAUCCCCCACAUCCUCCGAAAGGUCAAGGACAAGCACUACCCCUACUUCAACAUUGCUGAUGGGAUACAGUCCCUGCGCAUCCUCAAGCUCAUCACCUACAGCCGGGGCAUCCGGACCCUCAUCACGGCCGUGGGGCAGACCGUGUACACCGUAGCCUCCGUACUCACACUGCUGUUCGUCCUCAUGUACAUCUUCGCCAUCCUGGGCUUCUGCCUGUUUGGCACUACAGAGAAAGGCGACCAGAGUAACUGGGGGAACCUGGCCGUGGCGUUUUUCACCCUCUUCAGCUUGGCCACGGUCGAUGGUUGGACAAACCUGCAGGAGCAGCUGGACAAACGGAAUUUCUCACUGAGCCGGGGGUUCACCAUCACCUUCAUCCUGCUUGCCUCCUUCAUCUUCCUCAGCAUGUUUGUAGGUGUGAUGAUCAUGCACACUGAGGACUCCAUCAAAAAGUUUGAGCGAGAACUGAUGCUGGAGCGGCAUGUGACACUGAUGGAGGAGAAGCAGGUGAUCCUAAAGCGACAGCAAGAGGAGGUCAGCCAGCUGAUGCACAGGCAGAGAAAUGUGGACUACAAAAGCUUCAGUGAGCUGGUAGAAAACUUCAAGAAGACGCUGCGGCACACAGACCCCAUGGUGCUGGACGACUUUGGCACGAGUCUGCCCUUCAUUGAUGUCUACCUGUUCACUCUAGACAACCAGGAUGCCACGAUCAACAAGCUUCAGGGACUGUACUAUGAGAUCGUGCACGUGCUGGGCUUAAUGCUUGAAGAACAGCCUGGGAAGGCGCAGUCCUCACGAAAGGCCCGUAAGAAAUAGCAGGUGUGGGCC